UCUCCUUUAGACGCCAUGUCUGGACCAAAAGAAUCUAUCCUAUAUGUUACCUGUCUCUACACAGGAACUGGAAGGGAAAAGCCAGAUUACUUGGCAACCAUAGAUGUGGAUCCAAAAUCAGAAACUUAUUCAAAAGUCAUUCACAGGCUUCCUAUGCCUCACAUAGGCGACGAAUUACAUCAUUCUAGCUGGAAUGCUUGCAGUUCUUGUCACCAAGAUGCUGAAGUAUCUCGUCGUUUCCUCGUCUUGCCUGCUCUAGUAUCUGGUCGGAUUUAUGCAAUUGACACAUUGAAUGAUCCGAGAGCGCCAACUCUGCAUAAAACUGUUGAACCUGAAGAUAUAAUAUCCAAGACUGGAUUAGCUUAUCCCCACACUGCCCAUUGUCUUGCUUCCGGUGAUAUGUUGGUUUCGUGUUUGGGUGAUAAGAAUGGGAAUGCGGAAGGAAAUGGAUUUCUUCUUCUCGAUUCAGAUUUCAAUGUUAAAGGAAGAUGGGAAAAAGAAGGACACAGUCCGUUGUUUGGAUAUGAUUUCUGGUACCAACCUCGGCAUAAUACCAUGAUCAGUACUUCGUGGGGAGCGCCUCUCGCUUUUACGAAAGGGUUUGAUCUUCAGCAUGUUGCAGAUGGUCUUUAUGGACAGCAUUUGCAUGUUUAUAGCUGGCCGGGUGGUGAAUUGAAACAGACACUUGAUCUUGGAUCUACAGGACUUAUUCCUCUUGAAAUUAGAUUCUUGCACGAUCCUACAAAAGACACCGGAUACGUAGGAUGUGCCUUGUCGAGCACCAUGGUGCGGUUUUUCAAGAACCAAGAUGAAUCUUGGAGCCAUGAAGUUGUAGAAUCUGUGAAACCAUUGAAGGUGGAAAAUUGGAUUCUUCCUGAAAUGCCAGGGCUGAUCACAGAUUUCCUCAUAUCCCUUGAUGAUCGAUACAUAUAUAUUUCAAAUUGGCUUCACGGAGAUAUUAGACAAUAUAACAUCGAGGAUCCUAAGAAACUUGUUCUCACGGGCCAAGUAUGGGUUGGCGGGCUCUUUCAAAAAGGUAGUCCCGUAUUAGCGGUAGCUGAAGACGGGACCACCUAUCAAUCCGAUGUUCCGGAAAUUAUGGGAACAAGAUUGAGAGGAGGGCCACAAAUGAUGCAGUUGAGCUUGGAUGGGAAGCGACUCUACAUUACCAACUCUUUGUUCAGCUCAUGGGACAAGCAAUUCUAUCCCGAGAUUGUGGAAAAGGGUUCACACAUGUUACAAAUCGAUUGUGACACCGAGAAAGGUGGCCUAGCAAUAAACCCUAACUUUUUUGUCGACUUUGAGACUGAACCUGAUGGUCCAUCGCUAGCCCAUCAGACGAGGUAUCCAGGGGGUGAUUGCACUUCAGAUAUAUGGAUUUGA